AUGAACUAUAACGUUAUUAAAGCAUUAGAUCAAGAAGAAACAGGUGACCUUAUUAAAUACUUUAAUUAUACAGAUGGAAUACUUGAAGCUAAUUCAGGUGUUCAUGAUAAUAAAUGUUUAUCAAUUGAUUCAUCUGAUCCACCAUGUCCUGUACAAAAAGGAAUGUAUACUAAAGUAAAAUUAACAGAUGAAUCAAUUCAAAUUACAAAUAUAGAUAAAUCAUCUAUUACAGCAUUAGUUAGAAUUCAAAUUAAACCAACAGAACAAUUUUGGACACAAAUAAGUGAUACACAAGAAGGAGAUAUUUCAGCAUUUCAAACAGGAAGAUUAACAGCAAUAGAAUAUUUUGUAGGAUUAAAAUCAUCAACACAUUUAUUUGAUGCAUAUAGAGUAUAUUCAAGAAAUAAGAAAACAGCAUGUGAACAAACAGAAGCAUUAUAUGAAAAUGCAGCUAUUAGAAUGUUAAAAGCACAAGAAGAAUUAGAUUAUAAACCAGGAAUUUAUACACAAUGGGAAUCAGCAUAUAAUCAUGAAGAUAAUGUAUGUGGAUGUUAUUUUAAUCUUCAAGAAAUUAUUAAAUCACCAAACAAUACAAUUGAAAAAGAAUUUGAAGUAAUUAUUCCAAUAGAUGAUUUAUUACCAUUUGCUGCCAUGAAAAUGUUUCCUAAUGCAUUAUUUGGAAAUUUAACACUUGAAGUUAAAAUGGCAAUUCAACAAAAUUUUGUUAUUUGUCAAUGUAAUCAAGGUGUUAUUGCAAAUAAAAUUACCAAACAAAUAAAUUCACCAGUUAAAGGAAAUUCAUUAGUAGUUACAAUUGGACUUGAUCAAAUGAAAGAACGUGAUUAUUAUGGUGUAUUAAAUAGUAAUCAUGAAAAUUGUUCAUUUACACAAAUUGGAGAUACAUUUAUUACAUCAAUAAUGUCAUUACAGAAAGAUAAUAAUCACGAAUUAGGUGUUCUCACACCAAAAAAUAUCAAAAGUUGUUUUACUAUCACAGAUGGAAGUUUAAGAUAUUGUAGAACAAAUAUUAAUGGAUUUAAUAUUAAAGAUAGUAUAUUAAAUGAAUUAAUAACAAAAUAUUCAUCAAAAGAAUUAAUUAUUCCUUCUCAAAUAUGUUGA